AUGUCUUCCCAGUCCAUUGACUUGACUGGUGGCUCACCACCAACAGGCAUACCUCCUCCUUUGGUAAAAAGAGAGCAAGCUCUACUACCAGAUGCCAUCCCUCAAAAACAGUCAUCAGAACAGAACUAUUACUUUCUAUAUCAAAAGGAGUGUCGUCUCGCUUGGAUCAAGUACCUAGGCCUCCUAGGGAGGGUCAAGCUCCGCGAGGGGUUUGACGGGCUUCCAUUCUUUUACGGAAUGCCGCCUGAACCUUUGACGAAGCAGAUCGACACAGGAAGAAUAUAUAUGAUCCAGAAAGCGGCAACCAGCGACCCUAGGAAUUCGCUGAUAACACUCACUACAGUUUUGAACAGUCUCAGAAACAGGCCUCAGCAGUCCCAUAUCGCAUGGGGCGUUGCAAUCAAUACUUUCAUUGAAGAUCGGGAUAAAAUCAAGUACUGGGAGAGCGCAAGCUCAAGGAAUCCCAUGGUGCUUCUGCAAUCAACCCAGACACCUUCCGGGCAGACUUCUGUACACAAAGUGAUCCAGUCUGCGAUGAACCGUCUGGUCGGAAUCCAAACCCAAGAGGACGACCCACCAAGUUGUCCCGGAUACGUUCUCCCCAUGGCCUCCUUCGAGAGGGCUGUUAUGAAUGCGCAGAGGACGAAAGAUGAGACCCAGCGCAGGCAAUGGGCUGACAUGUCCCUACGUUCGCUACGGAAGUUCAUGGACGCGCAAAACAACCAAGCGGUUAUCGAUAAGAUGAUUGAGUUCCAGAAACAUUAUGAAGCUUUGGCGGCUCUGAGCUUGAAGUGA